UCUUUGACUUUGGGAGAGAAAGAGGGGAAGGGGAAAGGGGGGAAAUGAGAAGUGAACCUUAUUGAAUUAUUGUAUUUCCUCCUCUUCAUUUCUUUGCCAUUCUUUGUCACUCUAUUUCUUCUUGUUCUUUCCACUGUUGGAGCUUAGAACAAUUGUUUUAGUUUUACAGGUUGAACAAAUUUCUGUCAAAUCUUACCCAUUUCUUUAGCACUUGUUUGGGCAUUAGAUUAUGACAAAAUGGGUGAACUUUUGUUUGGUUUGGAGAAUUUUUCAUUUUUGGAGUUUCUUUUCACUGCUGCUUUUAAUCUUUUUUGUUGCAUUGACUCUAUGCUUCAUGGGUGAUGUUCUUUGAUUUUGUUUGCUAUUUUCUUGUGUUUUGGAUUGGAAAGAAUUGCAGAUUAAAUUUCCGUGGUUCCACUUAUCCUAAUCUCUAAUGUCCAGCUUAUUGAACAAGGGUUUUCAAAUAUGAAGACUAAUCCAUUCUCCAUGUACUCCACCAAUCCUUGAUUUGCAAAGGAAAAUUUAAUUGAACUCGACCAGUCGAACUGUGACCCUGUCAUGAGACUGGUUUGAUCUCUGGUCCAGUUUUAACAACGCUGAUGCUAAUUGCUAGGGGACUGGAUUCUUAGAAACGACACCAUUUAACCUCUUUUCUAGGGGGUCGGGGUUAUUUUCUCCUUGUUUUCUGGAGACUGCACAAUCCCAGAUAAAAAUUGUAUCGACGAAGGCUUUCUACUGUUCCUGCAAAUUAGUAGGACAAAUAAAUGGAACCAAGAUGGAAAGGCAAGGGCUCAGAAGCCAAAGCUCUUGCAGAUCCAAUGUCAAAGAUUGUUUCACAGCUUUGUACUUCUCUAAUCCAAAUAGAUGCUCUUGGGUUACUCUCAGGAUGCAGUGUGCUUCUUGCAGUGGAAACAGAACAGACUGAGCUUCUCACUCGUGCAUGUUUUGGCCGACCUAUUAUUACAGCUGAGAAGGAUAAGCAAUGGUUUCAACUGGGUUUGGAGGAAGCCUUUUAUUUAUGCUAUUCUCUGAGAUGCCUCAAGAUCGUUGGUGAAGAUAAUUGUCAUAAGAAUGAUGUUGAGUUAUGGCAGUACAUGAAAUCCAAAAAGGCAGUUUUCCCUGAUUUUUACAAGGCUUAUUCUCAUCUUCGAAUGAAAAAUUGGGUUGUGAGGCCAGGAUCCCAGUAUGGUGUAGACUUUGUUGCAUACCGUCAUCAUCCAUCUUUGGUUCAUUCUGAAUAUGCUGUGCUUGUUUUAUCAGAAGAAGAUGCUGAUGUGAAUGGAAGAUUGGGAGUGUGGUCUGAUUUUCAUUGCACAAUUCGACUUUGUGGAAGUGUUGCAAAAACAUUGUUAGUUCUUAGCAUCAACAAAAAUGGUCAUGGUGCUAUCUCUCCAUCGUGUUUAGAGAGAUACUCCAUUAAAGAGCACACAGUCACUAGAUGGAGUCCGGAACAAAGUCGUGAGGAUCAGACAACCAUUGAAAAUGAAACCAAUAUCCCCAAGUUUCAAGGGCAUGAACAUGGCUUUCACUCACAUGGACAGGAACAAUCUCAUGUUCUCAUAGAUCAGGGAAAGAUAUAGUCUGGUACUGCUCUUUCAGUCUUCUGCAAUUGCUUGUCAAUUACAGUAAACAUGCUACUACAUGAAGUGUGAUGAAAGAUAAUUAAAUUAUUAUUUGCACAUUGCAUGUCAUUUCAUAUUGGAGCAUCAAUUUCUCCUUGUAGAAAUGAUUCACGAGUUAGUUCGCCCCCUUAAUUUUCAAGGUGGAGAAAGACUAAUGACACUAGGUUGCACUACGCACUACUUUGUUCUUUUUAACUUGUAGUUCACUCAUUGUUUUUAUCAAGAAAUCUUAAAAAGAUGGAUGCCCUUUUGUUUGUCUAUUGCGAAGUUGAGAAAAAAAAAAGGUUACUGGGAAAAUGUGUGGUAGCUUAUUAUGUUAACCCAUUCAUAUAUUGUAAUUGGCAAAUUCUCGAAAUAAUAUCAAUCUUUCCUGAAGUGCUCCCACUUUGUCUGCCAUUCAUUGAUAACUUCUCUGACAUCAAGUUAUUAGCUUGUGGGAAAAUUUAUUAGCAGCUUAGCUACUAAAACCAUGAAGUCAUCGGUUGUGAUUUUGAUAAUGGACUUUAUCAUGGAGCUUAAUAUAAUUGUUUCCAUGCUAUUACUGGUGGUGUCAAUUCAAUUUACAUAUACAAAGUGCUCAAUCUUCUAAUUAGAAUACUUUUUUUUUUCUUUUUUUCUUCUUUUCUUAGUAUUCGGUAGAAGAAACAGUUUAUCUGGAAGCAACAUAUACAUCCAAAUCUUUUAAAACA